UACCGACGGUCGAACUCACGAUAACACCACAUGGUUAGUUGGCAAGUUUAGCUUUUUUCCCUGGUGAAUUACUCGAAAAUCAAACAUUUUGACGAAGUUAUCGAAUAUCCGGUAAUAAUUUAGUGUUUUUAAGUGUGAAUAUCCAUAGUUUUAAAUUAUAGUAUCGAACUGAAGGCUCGGUCAACUUUUAACCUCACCUUAGUGCGUUGUAUAUUUACACAUACGUUCCUUGCUCUCAACCACGGGCGUUCUUCAUUGUGCUUCUGUUAUUUUUGGAUUCAUAUCGAAUUACUGAUCAGUUUUCGGGUUUACUUAUCAUCCUCACACAUUUGCGAAUAAUUUUUAUCGAUCAGCAGUGCGGUUUCGCUUCGCAAGUUCUGAAUUCGGUCAGGUGCACGGAUGGUGUUUACGGGUGGUCAGUGGCAACGUGUUUUCACAGAUUUUGAGAAUCUGUAAUCAGUGUUAUUCGUCUCGCACGAUGGUUCUGUGUUGAAAAUGAUUUUGUGGACAACAUCUUCUCGUAAUUCCUACCGGUUUAGAUCGUGUAGUUUGUGACGAAAAUUAUUUCGUUUCUCCGUGCCUCGUGGACUGUGCAUUUAGAGGACGCUAGACUCGCUUAUUUACAAUGGCGGCGCACGUUGCAGCGCAAGCUAAAGAUGGGGCCAGUGGUCCGGAGACCACCGGCAUCUCGUAUGCCAGUGCCCUUGCGAAGAACAUCGACAGCAACAAAGAAAAUAUUCACGCAACGGCUGCUGUUAGUUCUUCUGCCAAGGAAAGUGCCCCUCUUGAAGAAACAGUCCCUAAAACAGCCUCAAAUCCUCUCCCCAAAAGUGGCAAGCCAGCUACGGCUCCGCAAAGUGAGGCACUUUCGAACCCCAAAACGGCUUUAAAAAAUGGAACUAGCUCCAAUGUGGCUGACAAUUCUUCAGCCCCAAGUGCUGCUAAAAUCCCCCGAAAUUCUUCUCGACAUGUUAAAGAAAAUAAACACCCCAGCAAGCCUGAUAAACGUCCCGUCAGCGAUAAGAGUGAUAGUCAGAGUGAAGACAAAAGUAAAGUGAACCAGGGCAAGGCUGGCGAUGAAAACAAAGUAAAUGGAGCAUCGGCAGAAAAGAAAAUAACAUAUGUGGAAGCAUCAAUCCCCAAAGUGAACCCGUGGACCCUCAAAAAUGGUGCAGCUGUCAUUGCGGGGAAAGCUGACGGCAACCCCACAGCCGAAAAACGUGUUCUGCAACCCCAUCAACAACACCCAACAGGUAAUGGAGUCGUCAAUGGCGUUGACCCGUUGCCUGCCGCGGAAACCAACGGAGUGACCAACAAGGAUAGGAGAAAAAAGAAGGACUUGGCGGAUAUCGGAGAUUGGCCGCCCCUAGAAACUGCAAUCAAUGUGUCAGAGAAAAAACUCCAUCUAGCGCAAUGGAAUAGUCAAACGAAUGGACACAAUGGAGUGAGGCAGAAUGGGAUCCACGGAGAGAACCACGAUGACGAAGCCUACUCCGGAAAUUCGUCGGGCCAGUCCUCUGCCGCCGAUAACUCGGACAGGAGAAAGAAAACUUACCGGAAUACAAGGGACACGUUAGAUUAUAAUUUAGCUUACGAUAAAAAAGAUAGAAUGAACCGUCCAAGGGAUCAAAAUAGAUCAAAUGGAUACUAUAAUAACCGCUACUAUGAUCGAGAGCGAGAUUUUGAUGAUGGAAACAGGGGUCGAGAAGGAACAAGAUACAAUCGACCCGGCAGAGGUGGCCAUCGUAACAACUAUCGCGGAAACAUGCGUCAAGGCAGGAUCCAGCGCAAAAAUUAUGACUUCCCAGCAGAUUUUUCCAACGUCAAUAGGUUUCCAAAUACAUAUAUCAUGCCAAUGAAUGGAACUCUAUACUUCGAAAAUGCUGCACCGUACAAUAAUUUAGAUGACAAUACUUUGACAGAACUAAUUAAAAAGCAAAUAGAAUAUUAUUUUAGCGAGGAAAAUCUAUGUAAAGAUGUCUUUCUGCGUCGUAAAAUGGAUCCUAAUGGCUUCCUGCCUGUGACUCUAAUAGCUUCCUUCCAUCGUGUGCGAGGGUUGACUCCAGACUUAAACAAGGUGAUUGCAGCAAUACAACAGUCAGACAAGUUGGAGCUUGAUAAUUUCAAGGUUCGAACGAAAACUGACCCUACCAGAUGGCCGAUCCCAGACACUGUGGGCAACACCAUUUAUGUGACACCGAUCCAUCCGUUGGCCAUGCAUCCCCUAGGAGCUCCCACAAGUAUCCCCUCCAUGCCAAGUCUACCAACUAUGCCUGCCGUACCUGCUGUCCCUGCCAUGUCUGCGAUACCUGCCAUGCCUGCUAUGCCUGCUGUUCCAACUGUCAUUGCACCGCAGACACCUGCUCCAGCCCCCCCUCCGCUGCCCCAUUUCGUCAGUUUUCCGCAGCCGGUUGUACCGCCUCCUAAGCCUCAGCUUAACAACCCUGUCCUGCCUCCGAACAUCAAUCCUGCGGAGUUCAUCCCCCAUGUCGAGAACCUGAAUCCCAACGUGCCAGAAUUUGUCCCUGUAACAGUGGACCGUGCCAGUGAUUUGGGAGACCUCGAUGAGUGCGUUGAGGCAACUGAGGCGACAGAAGCAACGGAAGUUUCUAGCAAAGAGGUCAGCAAGGAGGCAGAUGUCAAGACUGACAAUGCAGGCACAGAAGCAAAUCAAAUCAAACAGACUGCAUCUGUAGAUGUCAAGAAGAGUGAAUCUAAAAUGGAGAAAGAGCCUGUAAUUUCUGCAUCAACACCUGUGAUUCCAAUACCGAUUUCUUCCUCUCUCACAGACGAUAGUCAUCUUGGUAAAGAUAUUGAUUCAGAUGAAGAGGAAAAACAGUGGCGCCAGGUGAAUAGGAGGCGCACAAAAUCUGGAUCUCAAAAGCCUGAGAAGAGUGGCAAGAAACCAAGUCUCGCCAAUGAAGAGAGAGAGGAACUGGAUUUCCAGUUCGAUGAAGAGUUAGACAACCCGCUGCCUGGUGGCAAAGUCAAUCAAUUCACUGAAUGGUCGGAAGAUGAAGAUGACUAUGAAAUGAGUGACAGAGAUCUCAACAAAUUGCUUAUCAUAACGCAGAAUACCCAUGCGCCCACUCGAGCACCAAAACAUGAGGGCUAUGACCGUUCUGGUGAAGUUCUGUCUCGAGUUAAGAUCAGUCAAGAUCUAGAAGAGGCAAUCAACAUCGGAUUGCAACAGUAUGAAGAUGGACUUUGGAAAGAAAAGUCGUAUGCUCAGCAACAUAAGAGUGUCAACAUUAUUUCUCAAGAAGAUUUUGACAAACUUAUGCCGAGAAAUAAGACAGUGACGAAUACUGAGUAUGUACCGCCUCCACCUCCACCAUCUCUGGUCAACGAUGCUGUCCUGCCAGAAGUUGCUUCUAAGAAGAUUGAUGAUAUUCCAAAUGCUGUGGAGAAGAUCGAAGAAAUCAAGGCCAAAUCAAAAUUCCAGCACAAACCCAGAUUCUAUGGUGUCGUGAAGGAUCCUAGAAGCACGAAGUGGCUCGCCCACGGACGCAAGCACAAAACACGACACAGUGCCAACCCCCCUGUCGAGCACCAUGUUGGUUGGGUGAUGGAUGUCAGAGAACACAGGCCCAGAACUUCAUCUAUGAGUAGUAGCACUGGAACCAGUCCAAAGGAUGGAUUCUUAAGCAGUACGCCAACAUCGCUUCCCUCGUUCCAACACCCCUCUCACGCCUUGCUCAAGGAGAAUGGUUUUACACAACAGGUGUAUCAUAAAUACCAUGACAGAUGCCUUAAAGAGAGGAGUCGUCUUGGGAUUGGUCAGUCACAAGAGAUGAAUACUCUCUUCAGAUUCUGGUCCUUCUUUUUACGUGAUAAUUUCAAUAAAAAUAUGUAUAACGAGUUCCGCAAUUUAGCCAUUGAAGAUGCAGAGAAUGGGCAUAGGUAUGGCUACGAGUGUUUGUUUAGAUAUUAUAGCUACGGUCUUGAAAGGAAAUUCAGACCUCAAUUAUAUCAGGACUUCCAGGCAGAAACAAUUUCUGACUAUGAAAAUGGUCAGCUGUAUGGCUUGGAAAAAUUCUGGGCAUUCCUCAAGUACUACAAGCAUGCGGAUAAACUGCAAGUUUGUCCAAAACUCAAAGAAUACCUGUCUAAAUUCAAGACUAUCGAAGAUUUUAGGAUGAGAAAUUUGAGAGAUCAGCAGGAAAGAAAUUCAAGAGGACGCCGAAACCGCAGUGUAUCAGAGAGUGCUGGCUGUUCGUCUUCAUGGGGCUCUGUAGCAAGUCAAAGAGUUGAGUUCAUGGGCUCCGGGUCUCUUGACUGGAGAGCUGAUUCUGGCUCCUCCACUGAUGUGACCUCAAUCCAGAAGAACUUUUCAAAUAAAACUCUCAAAGUCAAUUUUGAUCUAUCAGCAGCACCAAAGUUCAAGCGCACCCGGCAUGAAUCCUAUAACAGUAAUAAACCUAUUUCAAUAUCAUUUUCAGGCAAGAAAGAUGUUCCACUUGCCUUGAGGAUCAACCCAGAAUCAAAGCCGUUUGUUCCAAAGUCAGCUCUGAAAAAAGCCUCUUCCCUUGAAAAUGAAGAUUCUGCCAACAGAGUUACCACACCAACGAUUAAAGUGACUAACUUCGAAGAAGUUGUAGCACUUGAUACCAAUGAAGUCCCAUGUAAUCAAACCAAUCAAGGACAAAGUGCCUCAAGUUUGCCACAAGAAAAAUUCUGUGAUAUUAUUACGGGAAAGUCUGCAGCAGCAGAUAGAACCAAGGAAGAAAUCAAAUCUAAGUCAGACGCAGAAACUUCGAAGGGAGCAGUAGAAUCAAUCUUAAACGAUCAAGGUGAAGUCGAAGAAACUGUAACUGAGAAAUUAACUAACCAAGUUUUGACAGAAACAGUGUCAAGUAACAAACCAGCAUCACCUGAGGCUAUUGAAAAAUCUACUCCAAUUGAAGAGUCAAAGAUGGAGUUGAAGUCAGAUGCAGCAGAGAAGAAAGAUGCUGGUAAAUCAAAAGCCAAAGUAGAACUGGCCAAGGGAGAUGCAAAAUCUACCGUAAAGCCCAAAGACAAAGUUCCAGAGACUAAAAUUUCGGCGAAACCGGUCAGCUCAGUGUCCAAAGUUGCUCCCAAAACCACUGACGCGAAGACCAGUAGAAGUGUAACCACUGCAAAGCCAGUCAGCACUACAAGCAAGGUAGCACCCAAGUCUGUCAGUAGCACCGUAACCAAGAAACUUUCAGAUAGUCCUGUUUUAAGUAGGUCUGGUGUGAAAACCCCUGUUACAGGAUCACCGACUGUGGUCAGAAAAACCAGUGUCACAGGCUCACCUAGUCUAGCAAAAAAAUCUACUCUGGCGUCCGGAUCGCCUGGACUCAGUAAAAAGGUCAUCCCAGUUGUUGAAUCACCUAUUUUAGCCAGAAAAGUAGCAUCAGCAGCAGGGUCACCCAUUCUUGCAAAGAAACCCACCACAGGGUCGCCUGUUCUUGCAAAGAAACCUACCACAGGGUCACCAGGUUUGACAAAAAGGGCUGUACCUUCUGUGGGAUCGCCCAGUGUUGCUAGAAAAAUUGUCCCUGAGAAAUCAAAAGUUGCUGACAAAGUAACAAAACCAGAAUCCUCCAAAGUCACAACACCAGUCUCAAGUAGCGCUGCUUCAAAAGCAAAGGUUGAGUCUCCCGCUCCUCCAGCGAAAAAGUCUACAUUAUCUGAUAUUGCCAAGUCAACUAGAUCCAAUCUCAAAGUUUGUGUGAAGUCGCUCUGCAAUCUUGCCGCUGGUGGCAAGUCGCCAAAAACUGAUGCUGAAAAAGCAACGGACAAAGCAGCAGCAGAGAAGAAAGUGGAAGAUGCUAAGAAGACCAAAACAGCCACACCUGUUCAGGACAAAAAAGACUCUGUAAAACCUGCGACAAAAGUCAGCAGAACCGAGUCAGUGCUCAAAUCCGCAUUCAGCCUCAAAUCGAAAUCAACAGACGCAGCAAAGAACAGUGCAAAAACUGCAACCACUGCUAAGCCGAAAGCAACAGAAGCCAAGCCUCAGUCUAGUGAAAAAAGUGCAUAAUUUUAACUGCUGAUAGAUUUUGUUGCCCUCAAAUUCAUGAAGAUCAAAUGUUCGUGUCUCGGAUGUCCUGCCCUUGCCCAUAAAAAGUUGAAGAGCGGUUACUUGCCUUCGAUUUAUUUUCGGAUUAUUAGGACAGAACUAUCAUCAAACCCUGAGCUUUGCUCAAAAGCCGAGAUUAAGUUUUAACAUUUUGUUUCGGAUAGAUUUUUGAAAAAUUGUGUAAGCAACCGUUGAGAUUUUCCAUUGUGAUUAUGUGCCCUGACAGAUAUUUUUUAAAAAUUUCUUCUGAAACAGUCAUUUUGAAUUAAUUAAGUUGCUGUUUUAUAAUUCUCUGUGAGUUUCAUAUUUUUUUAUUUUGUAUUAUUUUUUCCACUGUUCUCUGAAAAAUGAUGUCCAAUGCUUCUAUCUGGAAUAAUCCAGAAGUUAUGCUGAUGAUUGUAUUAAAUUGUGUUCGUGUUAAUCAAGUUACACCGCAAAGUGACCCAAAACAUCUCAGAUUUCACUGCACAAUAAGAAUCAGACCUUUAAAUUGGCCCAUUAUCAUUGUUGUUCCACAAGUACAAAGGUGGCAGGUUUUCUUUCUUUUUUUUCUAACGGAGAUAUUUUUUUUUUCACCAAGUUUUGUUAUUAUUUUGAUCAAUAGAAGUUUUCUUUUUUUCGUUUUUAAAAUUAAAUAAUUUUUUGAGAGCUAAAAAGUGCUUUAUUGUCUCAGGUUUCUUUUGAAUUUGCUGUUAUGGUUUUGAUUUCACAAUCACCGUCACUCGGAUGAACCGUUUUAUUUUUAGUUUCCCGGUAAUUUAGGGAAACACAAAAAAAAAAAAUCCUGGAAAAGUUCAAGGAUUGGAAGAAGAAUUAAUUCUUUUUCUCAUGCAUAAUUUUCUCCUUUUAUUGUUUCUUAUUUCAAACUGUUGUACAGUCCCCUUGAAUUCAAUGCAUGAUUUUUUACACAAACGUGAUAUUACUACAGUGACGAAUGCAUUGCUCCCUCUCUCUUGAUUUUGGAUAAUUUACUCUAUGCAUUGAUAACAAGCAGGUCAUGAUUGCUUAUUGUGAAGUUUGAACAAAGUUUUUUUUUCUUUUUUCUUCUUUUUUUGACAUUUUCAUAAAGAGCCAAAGAUCUAUAUAAAAGUGUUUUGGCUCUUGCUAAAAGAAAAUGUUGUAACAAUGUGAAAUAUACUGAUAAUGGCAUCAGUAGUUUUACAUUUAAAUCUGACUCAAUAAGUGAUUACAAAUAUCCAAGUCUGAUGAGCCAAUAAGAGAAGGGGACUUUUCAUGAAAUGGAAAAAUUAUUUUUUCAUUGCACCAGCGUAUAUUAUCCUGUUUUCUACGAAGUCUGCCAAAAAUAAUCGUUUCUUCCGUCACUGUUGUAACCUUGUAAAUUCUGUACAGUUUCUUUUCAAACAUGUUAGUCAACUUGAAAAGAAUGAUAUUUAGUUUUAGUUGUAAGAAAUCUUAUUUUGUAUUAUUUAUUUGGGACUAGACACUAAGCUUGUAGCAUAUAUCGAUUUUAUAUUUCAAGGACCGUUGCCUUUAGCUCUGCUUAUUUAUCAUAAGUACGUCGCAUCGCCGUUGCGACUGGUUGAAAGAAGUGUAGUGCCGUUAUGUGGAAGUGUUAUGCCUUGAUUAUGAUGUCCGACCCGAUCGUUGGAGUCAGUCUUUUACGCAGAAAUCUAAAUUCAUGAACCUACUUCUUAAGUUGUAUGUUAACUUUACCUCGAUUAAGUUAUAUUUCCCAAUGAUUUUUGAUGUCAAGUGCAUCAAGUUUUAGAAGGCAUUAAGGGAACAAGGCGUGUUGGCUCAAUUUUUAAUUAAGUGCUAAAAUGUCUAUUUUUUUCUAAUUAUAUUGUUUGACACCAGCUAGUAAAUGUCUGAAAAGUUUGGUAAGGUUGGUUAAAGUUUGGCAUAUCUCCAUCCCUUAAUAUGAAAAAUGACAGGAAAGUGAAAUUCCAAGGAGCAAGAUAAUAUUAAUUCAAACUUUUCUCAGUCAAUCUGGUUUUUUUUCUUCAUUGCCCUUAAAAACCAUUUUUUUCUGUUAAAAUUUUGUUUGCUUUCUAGCUUGUUUUGUGAUGAUUCUAAUCUCCAUCUCAAUUCAUUUUACAGAAAUUGACGCAUGACCCAGCACUUCACUUUUGAUAAAACUUAUCACCAAUUUUUCAAAUUGUUAAAGUGUUUAUCUCUUCAUAAAUCAUGUUCAAACUUUUUGACGAAGAAAAUGAAUUCCGAUAUGCCAAUCUUGUCCAAUGCUCUCGAUAGGAAGGAUGUUUUCGCGAUGAUUCCAAAAUUCGCAAAACUUACAUUAUGUUACAUUUGCUCAUAAUUAUCGUUUUUUUCUUAAUUUGUAUUUCUAUGAUUGACUUUGUUUAACCAUGAUUUUUACGAAUAAUAUUGUUGUUUGUUCAUAUUGUAUUUUCUUGGUUGUUUCUCUUGCUUUUGAGGUGUCCAAAAUCCAUAUCAUGAAUUUUGCGAUUUACAACUGCACUGGUGUAGUCUCUGGUUAAGUGGUUCAAACCUGUCGCUCACAUUUAAGGUGUUAUGGAAACCCCUAUUUCCUCAGAUUUGAGCUCUUGGAAAAUUUUCCAGAAGUAUGUAUUCAUGAUUUUUUUUCAACUGAAGAAAUUUGCUUCUCAAUGCAGUAGGCUACCUUAUGGUAAUCAGGUUCCACUUUAAUAAUUGUAUCAAACUUCAAAUGCUCAUAGAUUAAAUGCUCACUAACAGUACUUAAGAAUAUUGUGGUACAAAUAAAAAAAAGUGAACAUUCUUAAGACAAUGUAUCAUACUCAGAAACAGUGUUUUGCAUUUGUACACAAUUAUUUUGGAUGCAACAGAAUUUUGAAUCAUAUAUGUCAAAGUAAGUGAUGUAAAAUUUGAGGCUAUUGAAUUUAUUAACUGAAAGUUAUUUCACUCCACUGUUUAAACCUUAACUGCAGUUAAUUUUUAAAAAAGAAAAAGUAAUGACUGGUGGGAAAAUUAUAGUGCCUCCUGAGAGAGAUAUUCAAUUGUUUUUAUGAAAAAUCUUAAAUCAGAGACUACUUACUAGUCGCAGGAAUGUUAAAAUAAUACUUGGCAAGUUCUAAACAAUUUUAAAUAGUUACAUUCUUUUUCAUGUCAUUUUUGCCACUUUACACCUUGAAAACCUGUGAAAACAUGGCUGCCUGCAAUGUUAGGCACUCUGAAAUUAGUCCAGUGGUAAACCCAAAGGAGGUGCUACUGUCAGUGAGACUGAGGACUACAUCGAAUCUUUGAUUCCAUAUGGCAUACAUGUCACAUAAGAUGAGCCGGGCGUGGAAGAAAGUAUCGCUGCCAGUCAGAUGUGACAAUUAGCCACAGGCAUGACGGUAGAUAUGUAAAAAAUCAUUGUAGUGAAGAAAAGCUAUGUAAUAGAUUGUUUUUUCUUUUACCUCACAAGUUUUGUUCCAGAAAUUUUUUACAACUUACCGAAGUAUCCUUAAGUCUCAUUCUUCCAUAGCGAAGGAAGGACAUUUUUACUCUUAAAUGUUUUUUGAUUCUAGAUAAUUAGAUGCUCUGUAGGAGAGGUUUUUUUCUUUUCUUUUUUCCUCUCCUGUGAGUUGAGCCCCAUCAUAGUCUGUUCCAGUUCUUCCCUCCUCGUUUAGUCUAAAAAAACCUCUCGAUCCUGUGAUCAUUAUUCUCUUUUACCAAUUUCUUACUUAGUUUUAAUUAGUUGUACAUCCCUUCAUGAACACAGCAUUUUCCCUCUUCAACUCAUGGUUUCAAAUCUGUCUUUUUUGAAAAUUAUUUGUUUUGUCAUUUGUGGAUCAUGGUCGCUCUAAAAGACGUGGUAUAUUUCUGGUUUGAUCCUAAACCUCUUUUUCUUGCCCCUUUAAGGAAUUCUGAACUGUCCUAAUGAGAAGUAAAAAAAAAUAAAUACAUCAGUAUUAUUUAUCACAGUGCAUACAUUCAUUCUAAGAUACUCACUUUAAUGAGUCAGGAAGAAAGUAAGGUACUGCUUGUCAAAGGCUUUGUAAUUACAGAGAAGUCUCAAUUAUCCUUAACAACUAGGAGUGGAUGUAAUGACAUCGCAAAACUGUGGAUAAUUUUUAUCUCAGAAAUGAAGCCUCUAAUAUCAACAAAGGCAGUAUCCUUGAAGAAAAGUAGACUUCAAGACAAAUCAGUGAUUAGACUCAUUGGAAGAUCAGAGAGAGAAUAACACUUUCCUUUAAAGUUUUUAUCAUCAUAAGCUCUCUUAGUAUAUUUCCAGAGAUUGGUUGAACUAAUAUCCAUGAUUUUUUUUCCAAUCAACCAGAAUUAAUAUUUAGAAAGGAUGGUCAUCUUUGAAUUUUCCAAGUUUUAACCAUGUUUAUUACUGUUGCAAAACAGCUAGAGUAGAGACCUCUUGGUUUUGAUGAGUCGCGAGAAAAUAGGUAGCAAACCUCUGGUAAGGUUCAAGCUAGUAGGCUACAAGGAUAAUUGAGACUCUCUUGUACUGGUAGAAUGUUCGUCAUGAAAUAUGUGCUAAAUUUCAUCCAAAAGAAGUUACACUUCCUUUAUUCUUUGAGUGGUUUCUGGGCGUGGACUUAUUGAAGUGCCUCCCCACAACCAUAUGCACGAAGUGCCUAAACCAGUUGAUGCUCAGUGAACCAAUUCAAGAAAAAACGGACUUGUGUCUACAACGACCACCUCUUGCGAAACCUUUAAAACUGAAAGCAAUAACUUAUCUAUAAUUGAAGUCUGAAAAUUAUAUACUUAAUCCCAUUUUUCUAUGAAAAAAAUUUAUUUUGGAGUGAGCUGAUUACUGUUUCAAUUGGAAUAAAAGGAUUUUGAGAAAAGUUUGGUUUUAGUAUGGUGUGUCUUUAAGGCUGGAUACAGAACAUUGAAGGGAAGAAAUUCAUCUAAAAAUGUUAAGAACAUCAGGAUGAUUUGAGGAAUUUCAUGAAGAAAACAGGGAGUCUAGCUUUAUACAUGGAGCUUCGUUAAGCCCAGUUGUUUGACACACAGUCAGAGGGAAGAAUAAAAACGUAUCUUCUAUCAAUGCAACUCCCUAUUGCCACAUGUGAAGUUAUUUAGGCAACUGUAAGGUCAACUCUGGGAAAAUGAUAGAAAGUUUGAAAAAAUCAUUGAUCAAAAUACUCCAAAAAUAUCUCUCUUGAUACGUAGAGGCAGCUAAAUCAGAUAAAAGAGGGGGGAAAAAAAUCUGAUAAUCAUAGGAACUCGAAAGAGGACACAUUUUAUACAUCCUUUUUUUUCCAGUUGUCUUGAAAUCAGCUUGCUUAAUAGACUCGCACCCUACUCUAAUCCUAUCUUUGUUUGUAGAACACUACGAGACUACAAGGAUUUAAAUUGAUGAUACAUAAUAUUAGUCUUCCACAGGUGAAAGAGAUCACUCAACUGAAAGACUUGCCAGGAGAAUUUCUGGGUUCAUUAUCAUCAAGUAACCUAAAAUAUAUUUAAGUUACACUUGAUGCCUGCUGUACUAACAACUACAGUUUAAAUAUAGAGAAUUUUUACAUGAUUCGGCUACGGACUCUGUAUCAAUAUUUUGCUGCCCUGGGUGUUGCACUUUCAUUUGAGCUUCAGAAGAAUUACCUGGAAAAUAAACUUGACCAGAUAGUUUUCACUGAUCUUUAUUUAUAUUUUGUUGAAAAAUAGGAUUGCUGAGCUCUACUCAAUAACUUUAAGACAGUACUGAAAUAUUUUCCAGUACCUAUUUACAAAAUCAUUAACUUAGAACCGUGCACAAUGAAAGAUUGCAUCUAUUAUACUCAGUCUGUGUCGACGUAAAAAAAAGUUGAAUUUUUAGAUCAAAAUUAUUAAAAACCUGUGUAGGAUUUUCCCAUUUGUCAAUACAAUUCUAAUGGAGAGCAGGUCUCGGAAACAAAUUCUUGAAAGAAUUCCCUUGUGUGUAAUUGUGUAUUUUUCAUACAGAUUGACCAUACAAAUGUCCCAUACUUAGGCACCUCUCAUUAUUUUGUAUCAUUCUUUCACCCGCCACGUUGAAGGGCAGGUAAUGUUAGCACAUUUUGCAUGUAUGUAUUCUUUUCAAAAAUAUUUGAUCACAAUGGAUUUAAGGAAGAAAGAUUUGGCUUUUGGAAGACCCCAUUGUGGAAGAGGUAAACUCAAUGAUGCUGUAAUUAGUCAACGAAGUUUACUUUUUUGUUGUGAAUAAUUUCGUGAAGAGCUGUGUUCAUUAUUCCUACAAUUAGGUAUCCUUUUUAUCAGUAAUUUUACUCUUUAUUUAAUGAUUCUAAAUAAGUAAUAUUAUUGCUCUUUCUACAGCAUGAGUCAGAAGCCUUCUCCUACCAACUUUUGAAAUCUUUUUUGUUGGGAAAUGUAAUUUUUGGUGUCAACUAGGAUAACAAGCAUAUAUUAUACCUUCGGGGCCUACAAAAAGUUCUAGAGGAUGUUCCCAUGUGUGGAGAAGAUCCCAAGUUGUCCAACGUUUGCUUAUGAACCUGUCGAAUAAAAAUUUUAAAUCUGUAGUUUUUUUUUUAAGAAUAACAUGCUUAAAAGUUAUAUUAUGCCAGCUAUGCCUGUUUAUUUUUUGCUUUUGAUUCUUGCUAUUGCUCGCUCUUACUUUACUACACAAUUCAAUUUUUUUUCUCCUCUCUACUUACUUGGAAUUUAAUGUCUGUACCGUUUAAGUGGGUCUAUUUCACCCUCAAACUCUCCUGAAAACAAAUUCAAAGACUUCUUUAUUUAUUUGCAUAAAAUGUAUCUAUAUUUUCUCUCAAUUCAAGUUUCUACACCAAACACUGGAGGGAUUCUCCGCUUCAUAUUCCCUUCUCUCUGAAAUUUUAACCCCGCUGAAAAGUAGUUUUCAUCGCGACUGAAGUACAAGUUUUGUCUGCAUGGGUGAGUUUCAAAAUUCAAUGGUUGGAGAGGACUUUUGACUCAAACUGUGUAAAUAUUAUUUGAUUGUUGUGUUGUUAAGAUUUCAUUAUAUUCUAACGCAUUAAACAGUUAUUCUUUUACUCA